AUGAACGGUUUCCUCUUGAGAUUCGUAUUGCUCGCGUCGUCGGCCGCUGGCAGCUUGGCAUGGCCCAAUGCAGAGUUGAAUUCUCGCGAGUACAAGGCCAUGUUGCAAGCGUCCUUGUUUGCCAGUCCUUCCGAAGAGCAACGUGUAGACACAGUCAUGGCCGUCUUGGAGGAGUUGCAAAAGGACCUGACAGUGGUGGCAGCCGCCGCCAAUGCAGUCGACACCCAAGGAGAGUUUGAACUCAAGGAAGAUACCCCUCGAUUGGUGCGGUACUUUGACACUCCCGGCAGCUGUUUGUUGCGUCACAAUGGAUUGACCAUGCGACUUCGACGUCCUUUGGACGAAUGGUCCAAUGAUCCCUGGGAGGCCAUGCUCAAGGCUCGCAGUGGGGAUCGGUACCAUAGUACAGUUAGGAUGCCGUAUGUAGAAGGGUGCAACACUGACGUUUCCCAGGACUACAAGAACAAGUUUGAAGAAGAUCUUGGUCAUUUUGACUGGACCGGUAGUGUCUACAGUUUCAGUCAGAAAUGCUAUUUUGGCAUGAAGGAUCUGCCAAAACACAGCAGGGGCAACUUGAAAACGGUUUCCACUGUAUGGGAGAAUACAAAAGACUUGUUCCAGAAGGAUCUCGGAUUUGAUGACACUGUCAUGGCCACACCCUUGGCUUUGGUCAGCAACACUACCAUUACAGAGGUUGCCUAUGAAGACUUUUGGGUCUAUCUGGAUGAUGAUGAUUAUGGUGAUGAUGAAGCCAUUGCACAGGCCAAAGUCACUCUCUGGUACAAGACCCAGGAUGGGAUCCGAGCCGAUAGCGGCGACCAUGAAAUGAUCGACUACACGGGGGUUGGGGACCCCAUUGUCGCCGAACUGAGUUUUCGAAUCAAGAGUGAGCAUGAAGAAUGGUCGGAUGAUACCAUUGUGAAUAUGCACAACUUUUGGGAACAGUUGGGCAAGUCUUUGUCCAAAAAGUGGUUGGACGCAGAAAGUAUGUCCAAGACUUCCUGGAUCUAUCAGUACGAUCAUGACUUUUGUCAUCCCAAAGAUUCGGAUGGAGACGAGUCAAGUUGA